CCCACGCGCUCCCUCGCAACAAUGAUCAACUCAAAAGGACUGCAGGAGUGAAGAGGGCCAGAAGACUGACCGGAGAGAUUUGGAAUGACGUGUCCGUACUGCAAGUCGGCGCAGGGGCGGUGCGCAACGACGGCGACGGGACGAAGCGUGACGGAGUGCAGCUCCUGCGGUCGAGUGGUCGAGGAACGCCACUCCCACCCCCAUCACCUCUUUCUCCUCCGCGCCCAAGACUCCCCUCUUUCCCUCGUCACCUCCGACCUCCCUUCCGCUGUCCCUCCGCCAUCAUCCCACCACCACUCCCCACACCUUCCCCAAGAAGCAGCGCAAAACGACCGCGGCGAGGACGACGAAGACCCCUUCGAUCACACGGGCUUCAUCACGGCCUUCUCCACCUGGUCCCUGGAGCACUCCCCUGUCUUCGCCCGCUCCUCCCUCUCCUUCUCCGGCCACCUCGCCGAGCUCGAGCGUGCCCUCGAUUCCUCCUCCUCAUCUUCAUCUUCUUCUUCGUCGUCGUUAGGCUCGUCUGGGCCCGCGGUGGUGGUGGACAAUUUGAGGGCGUAUCUGCAGAUCAUCGACGUUGCAUCGAUAUUGGGUCUGGAUUAUGACAUAUCAGACCACGCUUUUCAACUCUUCAGGGACUGUUCGUCCGCUACUUGCCUCAGGAAUCGCAGUGUGGAGGCCCUCGCCACCGCUGCUCUCGUUCAGGCCAUUCGAGAGGCCCAGGAGCCCAGAACCCUCCAGGAAAUCUCUACUGCAGCCAAUGUACCCCAGAAGGAGAUUGGAAAGUACAUUAAGAUAUUGGGAGAAGCACUACAGCUAAGUCAGCCCAUUAACAGCAAUUCCAUUUCUGUUCAUAUGCCAAGAUUUUGCACACUCCUUCAACUGAACAAAUCUGCUCAGGAACUGGCAACUCACAUCGGAGAAGUUGUGAUCAACAAAUGCUUCUGUACUCGUCGCAACCCAAUAAGCAUUUCUGCAGCUGCAAUAUAUUUGGCUUGUCAAUUGGAAGACAAACGCAAGACCCAAGCUGAGAUUUGUAAAGUGACUGGUCUUACGGAGGUCACACUUCGGAAGGUUUACAAAGAACUGUUGGAGAAUUGGGAUGAUCUGCUCCCAUCUAAUUAUACUCCAGCUGUACCCCCAGAGAAAGCAUUUCCCACAACUGCAAUUGCGUCAGGCCGUUCUUCAAUGUCUAGAAUUGAUUUAGCUGAAGUAGUUCCUAUAUUGGAAAAGGAUAAGCAGGCUGAAACUCAACAUAACAAAUUAAAUGAGGUUCCAGACACGAACUAUCAGGCUAAAGGUACAGAUGACACUGAAGGUAAAGAUAACUCUUGUGGAACUCAUAUGCCUUCUCUGAAUCAGGCACUGUCUAUCUGUCAGUCGCAGCUGCUGUUUGGGACUUCAGGUAUUAAGGUUGCAGGAAUUGACAUCAAUGAUCUGCAGACUCACUCUCAAGAGUUGGAACAGAGGGUAGACAAGGACACACAGACUUCCACAAGGCUGAGCCAGUUUUCCAGUCUACCUGCUUCAAGUGGGAGUUCUAUCUCCUGGCCAUUUCGUCCACCGUCUUCAUCAGGGCCUUCUCCUCCCAUGCACUUUGUGCAACCAUCUACGGUGGUAUCUGUUUUUCCAGAGCUCAAAGGAACAGCACAAUUUUUCCUAUGCUUCUUACCAACUAGACUGAUGUACUAAUACAAGGUGGAUGGAACCCCUGAAGGCAAAAGGAGAGGAAUUGUCUUCUUUCCUUAAAUGCCUUUCAAAAGGAACUCAUUAGCAGCCAAGGAUACUUGCUGAGCAGCUCAGCAUUAUAAAGCAUCAAGAGCUUCUUGAGGAGUGUAGACUUGUCAGGUCUGUUCUGCGCUUACUGGACUUUCCUGCUUACCUUGCUUUGCUCAUGUCUUGAGUUGUACUUAUGCCUCUUGUGUCCUCAACAGAGAUGAAUACCUUUGUGGAUCUGAGUAUUUUUUAGAGAAGGGCAGAAAGAAGUUGUGUGAAGAAAAUGUUUAGAUUGACCAGUUGCGUAAGAGGCUAGGGAUGACCCACCCUUUGGGCCUUAGGGCCAACCAUGACAAUGGAUUGCAGUGCAAGCAACAGGUUUCUUUUCUAGGUAGCACUAUGGAACUUAGCCCACAUGAGAUGCUUCAUUCCUAUGGGCCUUAUGUUCUUCAUGAUCCUUUUGUGUUGCCUAAAGUGACCAUUAACCUCAUUUUCUCAAAGAGAGGUAAGAGCUAGAAGAGAUGCCAACCUCGAGCAACACCAUUUGACAUCACGCACACAAGGUAAUCCUACCCACUUCCUUAGAUCUUCCCUUACCUUUCAUAUUACUAUGCUAAUCAUACACCAACUUUGAGCUACGUUGCAAGUUGCAGCAAGUGUGUUGUUUUAGAUGACAAAGUGAAUGGCAUCUUACACUUUACCUCUCAAUGGAGGAGCAAGGUUGAUAUGAUUAACAAAAACUAAGAGCAGGUGGCAAGAGAGCUCUAGAGUUUUUAAGGGGAUUGCACAGAGCAAGCAGAUUAGCUUCCUUGAGAGUUGCACUGGGGCUACUUGGCUAAAGAAAUGGAAGGCAUGUCAUGGAGCUAUGUAAGAGUUCAAGAAGUCCUUUGGGCCAGGGAGCCCUAAACAAAUAUGUCAUGGAGCUAUGUAAGAGUUCAAGAACUGGGAAGGCAUGUCAUGGAGCUAUGUAAGAGGUCAAGAAGUCCUUUGGGCCAGGGAGCCCUAAACAAAUAUGUCAUGGAGCUAUGUAAGAGUUCAAGAACUGGGAAGGCAUGUCAUGGAGCUAUGUAAGAGUUCAAGAACUCCUUUGGGCCAGGGAGCCCUUAACAAAUAUGUCUUAAUACUAAUAUGGUUGCUUUUGACGAGUCGAGGCAAGUGAUGCUACAUAUUUUGGAAGAAUUUAUAGAUGUAUCUUUGUUUUUUUGAACUUGUUAGGACUUCAAAAUUCUAAAACAUGCAAAGUAAAAUCAAGUUGGAGGUAGCUUUGUCAAGGUCUUCUAAUGCCCAAUUCAGUGUAUUCCUUAGGUGUGUCGCGAAAGAGAGGCUUAGAAGGAGCUGGGUAUUGUGUUUUUGGAGGUUUUUUUAUUUCAUGUUUGGAACUCUUGCUAAUUUGGUAAUACCCCUUGAUCAUGGGAUUGUUAAGAAACAGUUUUGCCUAA